CCGACCACCGCACAGCUAGAGAGAAAGGCUGAGCCGUGAGUUUGGCCCGCGCCUGGUGGGGGAGGUUAUAAGAGCGGCUGCAGCCCGGCGCCCACUUUCAGUCUUUCGUCGAUCGCCACCGUAAGAGGACGCCGCGAGAAAUGAACAAGGCCGUGUUGGCGCUGUUGCUGGUGCUGUCGGCGGCGGCGCUGUCGUCGGCGGCGCCCGACUCGCCGGCGGACGAGUACGAGUACGAGGACGAGGAGGAGGCGGCGCCGGCGCCGCCCCCGCCGCCGGCCAGGGGCGGCUCGCGGCUCAACGCGCUGCUGGGCUCCAGGGGCGCCGCCGGGGGCCGGCCCGCCUCCCCGCUGGCCAGGGGCGCCAAGCCCGCCGCCCCCGCCAAGGCCGCCGAGCCCGCGCCGCCCCCGCCGCCCCCGCAGCCGGAGCCGGCGGAGGCUGAGGAGGGCAGCGAGGAGGAGGGCGCGGAGGAGGACCAGCAGGCGGCCACGACCACCACGGAGCCCCCCAAGAAGGGCCUGGUGCGAGGCGGCGUGCGGCCCUUCCGCAGCAACGACGACCUGCUGGCGGCGCUCAAGCGCAGGAGGCAGCAGCAGGUGUCCUCUGGUGGCCACCACGGCGGGGCGUCCGGUCGCAGCACGUCCACCACCACGGAGGCGUCGGCGGAGGUGACGGCCAGCAAGAGCCGCAGCGCGCAGGCGUCCGGCGGCGGCAGCCGGCGGGGGCGGUUCAACGGGGGCGGGGCGCGCGCCGCCGCCGGCUCCAGCAGCGACGCCGCCGUCGUGCAGCCGCCGCCCUCCGCCCCCGGGGGCGGCAGGAGCCGCUUCUCCGGCCGGCGCGGCGUCGCCGACCUGGACGCCUCCGAGCAGCAGGCGGACGAGCAGCCCGCCCCCGCCAGGUCCGGCAAGUCGUUCCGCGGCCGCCGCCAGUGAGAGCCGGCCCGCCGCUCGCCCACGCCCACGACGGUAUUUAUUUCUGCUCCCAAAGACAGCCGACCCACUACCCGCUGCCCUCCAGCGACCCGGAGCCCCCGGCGCGCGGAGGACCUCUCGCCUCCGCCACCACCUCACAGCGACCGCGGAGUGACGCACCCAGAUCCGCAGCAGUGCCAGCACCCCUCUCGAGGGUAGUUCCCCAAACCGCCGCUAGGCAGCGCUAGGAAGUCACCACCAAUAUUCGCCCAUUACCACAGACAGCUUUGAAUGCCAACCCCAGUUGGUAGUCCUUAAAGUGCCCUUAGGAUAACACUAAACAGUCUCUUCUAAGUCGAAAGUCGAGCCAGCUUGCAAGAAGCCGCCACAUUUGUACUUCCCCAACACACCACCAGACCUCGCCAGGAAGACGUCGACAUUACUCGUCCCACAGUGGACCCACCAUCAGUUCCUCAUCCUCCCUCCUUCCUGCAGCCUCCCUGCCUCCUCGCCAUUCUUAACUUGUAUAUACUUCUCCAAAAUCCUAGUAGACAGACCUAAAUAGGUACCAGACGUCCUCUACACUCAAGGAUAAAAACCAACCCAAUGUGCCUCCUCAAAGUCACGCUAGGACGGCACUAAAGCCAUUCCCCCAAGCCUAGCCAUCUCGCAACAUGUAUCCACUCGCCACUGCGUCACUCCUGUGUUAACAGUUCCCAAAAACACCGAAAAUCCACUCUAAAAAUCCACUGCCCGCAAGCCAAAAUCGACCAACUUCGACAACCCAUCCCCCUUGCCAUUAAAAAUCUUUGAUGUCCUCAGUUCUAAACUGCAGCAGAUGGCUCUGAAAACACAUCAGACAGUUCCUAAACCCAAGCAUAAAUAUCCACCCCCAUCACACUAUAUCUCCUUCUAGUUGGUAGUACCUCAACAGAUCGCUACAAAAACAAAGCCACCCAUUCCCAAAUAAUUCCAGUAGACACACACUACCACACUUGUAGCUUACCAAAGUACCAAUAGGCUCCCUAAAAAGCAUCACGAAAACUCAACUAUUCCUUUGCAAAUGCUUUCCUCCGCUGUUCGUAGUUCUUUGUUCUUCAGAGUCCACUAGGGAGAUAACAGCAUUUGCCGUGAACUAAUGAAACAGAGCAAUCCAUCAAAACUAAUUUCCUUAACACUGCAACUAGAUCUCCAAGACGGCACUAUUUUGCUCUGUUUGUAUGUCACAAUCUUCACAUGCUGUAUCACUACUAUGAUCCACUCACUUUCACUACACGCCACAUGGAUCAACAAAACCUCAGCAGGUUCUGCUAGGAAAACAAUAUUCUCUUUUCACGAGUGAAGUACAACCAACUUUCAUUAAAUAUUCCCUUCACACUGAAUGAGAUCUCAUUGCACUAGGAAGACGCCAGAGUUGUCCCUUUCCAACGUGUUCUGAACAGCCAUUCCUUACCACUGCAGCACUUCUGACCAAAAUUGCACUAACAGGUACCCCUAGGAAGACAUUAGCAUUUUUAUCUUUACUUUCAACAGCUAUCCCCUCAUUUCUGUUACCAUCUGCCUGUCUCUUUCUCAAAAUGUCAGUACAUGAUGCCAAGAUCUAUUCAAUGUACAGAUCCACCUUCACUGGGGAAGAAACAAUGGGGAUUCAUCCAAAAACACCAUAACUGACAAGUAGACAUUGGACACUUCUCAUAGACAUCCUAUAUCUCAAAUAGCCAUCAGAGGAGGGUAACCAAAAUUGACUCUGAGGAUGAAAUAUAUCUAAUUCACUUGUCUGCCUUCUUUUAGUCUUGCAUUGCAACUUCAGGAGCCUUAGUCUGAUCCUUGCUACAGCAGAUCUCUGCCUCAAUCAUAGCUGGAUGAUCAUCUAUUCAGAAAACCUUAUGAUGCCCAAAUAUUUCUGGUGCCAAAAAGAUCACAUCUUAAAGACUCUACCAACAUACUUGCUGUAUAUUCUUAGCUACACUAGCUCAGCAAUGAGGUGAGAUUCACACUCGUGAUGAGGGGACAUAUUUCCCAACCCUGGCUAUACGUUCUGUGAACCUACCAAAAAGUUCCCGCCUUCCAUUCGGGAUGUCAAAGGGUAUUUUUGCGGUGUCUUGGUGAAUUUCUAGUAGAGUAAGAAUACAAUAAAAAUUUCCAUUUAGCAAUGUGUCAUUUGAGUGUGAUGGUGUUGACGACAAUUGCUGGCACCUGGUGAAAUGACGGUGACUCCAUUUUUGUGAACACCAAAGUUGUUGCUGCUGUGCAUUCUCCCCCCCUCCCCCCCCCCCUCAGAGUUCUGGGUACGUCACUGUGUGCAGAGACUGAACGCCACCGAGCAACCCUUCUCCAGGGCAGUUCGCGGGAGUACGCGCUAGUGCCGAACGACGGAUCCACCUGGACUGGGCUCCACUCUCGGAAAAGUGCAAUACAACCACAAACAGCAGCAGAUCCUACUGCAAUGGACAGUACGAACUCUCUCAUAUCUACCAGUACAAUAAACUUUCAUCAUUAACUGGAUGGCAGGAAAUGAAUCUUAUGUGUAUAGUUAGUUGCAAAUAAGGCUGACGGCACGUUACGGCCACCUCGGAACGGUCACUUGCCACUUAAACUUACAGUCAUGUUCGAGUUUGUUCUGUAAUUCCACUACAGCCUGUUCUGUCAAUAAAGUAACUUGUAUAAACCUCUGAAAAA